GAGAGAGAGAGAGAGAGAGGUGGCGGCGCUUCAUUUUUAGCUCGGGCUAGCUCGGGUGUAUGGAGCUGAAUUUAGACUGGAUCUCCGCCGCUGUCUGCGUGUUUUCACUUUGAUAUAGCCCGCACCGGAGAGCUUGUCAGAGACGAGCAGAGGGCGGGGAGAGGAGCUGAAGGUGUGUGUGGAAGGUGUGGAGGAGAUGUUUCCUUCUGCAGGAUGAACCGGAGGAAAGUCAUGCCCGGGGUUGUCCCCUGCUGUCUGUUCAUGCUCCUGUCUGUGUCUGUCGAGGUCUCUGAUGGGGGAUUCUUGAAUGUUAUCCAGCGUGCAGCACCACUCUCCUGUUCAAAAGGCUUUGAAGAACUGGGAUACUACAAUGGUUCAGUUUCCCACACGGACACAGGCUACCCCUGCCUGAAGUGGACAGGUUUCCCAGACUACAUGCACCAGUACCCGAACCGAGGCCUUGGAGACCACAACUUGUGCCGAAACCCAGAUCAAGAGGCCAACGCCUGGUGUUUCUUCAGACAGAGCUCUGGUGCCAUCGGCUGGGCUUACUGUGACUGCCAUCAGGGUGCAGCCAGAUUGGUGGGUGGAUCAUCAAGCAACAAUGGGCGCCUGGAGGUCUAUAUGAAUGGCCAGUGGGGGGCAGUAUGUGACACACAUUGGACCAACCGUGACGCCAGUGUCAUAUGCAGACAGCUGGGACUGGGGGAGAUUGGUACCGCCCUGCAUGACUCCCACUUUGGUCCAGGAUCAGUCUUCCAUUAUGAGCGUCUGGGUUGCCGUGGUAAUGAGAAUUCCCUACUGGAGUGCCGGAGCAGGAAGUUUGUCACCAGUGACUGCACACAUGGUUCUGAGGCAGGGCUGGUGUGUUCUAAACCUGAGGGAACUGGCUUCCCUUUGAGGCUGGUUGGAGACCUGGAGGACUUUGAGGGCCGUGUCGAGGUGUACCAUUAUGGCAUUUGGGGAACUAUUUGCGAUCACCUAUGGGAUGACACUGAUGCUGAGGUGGUGUGCAGACAGUUGAACCUGGGGGGUGUGGCCAAAGCACGUGCAUGGCCCCAGUUUGACCAGAGGUUUGAGCCCAUCUUGCUUAAUGAGGUCCAGUGUACAGGUAAUGAACUUGCUCUGGAGGAAUGUACUUAUAACUGGGAGCAACAAAACUGUUACCACAUGGAAGUUGCAGGGGUUACCUGCAACCCAUACACAGAGGGUGCAGUCCGACUGGUGGGAGGAGACAAACACUGGAAGGGUCGUGUGGAGAUUUACCACCAGGGAGAAUGGGGCUCUGUAUGUGAUGACUACUGGAGCGAGCUCAACGCCCAAGUAGUGUGUAGACAGCUGGGCUUCAGGGGCCUAGGGGAAGUGGCCCCUGAUGAGGUGUAUGAAGAAGGUCGCGGGCUGAUUCUGUUGGACGACGUGCGGUGUCAGGGAUCAGAGGCCACUUUACUGGCAUGUACCCACUCUGAAUGGGGCCAGCAUGACUGCUCCCACAGUGAAGAUGUAGGAGUCAGCUGUGAAAGAGGGGGUGGUGCCAAUGAGAUACCUGGCCCAUUGCCUUCUGGUGGUCCACUGGUGCGUUUGGUUGAUGGAGAGAGCAGGAAGGAGGGUCGAGUGGAGGUCUUCAUUAAUAACCAGUGGGGAAGCGUGUGUGAUGAUGGCUGGAAUGAUGUCAGUGCAGCUGUUGUUUGCAGACAGCUGGGAUACACGGGCAAAGCUAAGGCACGAUCCAUGGCGUACUUUGGUGAGGGUCAAGGUCCUAUCCAUCUGGAUAAUGUUCGAUGCUCUGGCACUGAGGCUUCCUUAGAGCAGUGUACAGCUGUGGGUCAAGAUAGCCAUGACUGUCGCCACAGUGAAGAUGCAGGCGUCAUUUGUGACUACACCCUGGAUCCCCUGGGUGAUGGUGCUCUGGCAAUACAGACCUGUGGCCUAAGACUCAAUAAUCAGCGUCGUCGACGCAGAAUCAUAGGAGGAGAUAAGACACUGAGGGGUAAAUGGCCAUGGCAGGCGUCUCUGUGGCUCAGGUCUCAGUCUAAAGGUAAUCACCCCCUGUGUGGAGCAUCACUCAUCAAUGCCUGCUGGGUGGUGACAGCUGCCCACUGCUUCAAGAGAUUUGGAAUAGAUCCAACCCGCUACGUGUUACGCCUGGGUGACUACCACACUGAGGAACAGGAUGACUUUGAACGUACCUUGUCCCCUGAACGCAUUGUCAUCCACAGAAAGUACCACAGUCAGGACUGGGAGUAUGACAUUGCCUUGCUGAGGCUCAAAGGCACAGAGGGCAACUGUGUGGCAUUCAACCCUCACACUAGUGCAGUGUGUCUGCCAGAGCCAGGUAUCAAGUGGGAGAAGAGGCCUGCUGCCUGUGUGAUCACAGGGUGGGGCAUCACAGACUCAGAGUACUCCCGGACCCUGCUGCAGGCCUGGGUACCACUGCUUCCAGCUUGGAAGUGUAAGAAGCGGUAUGGUGAUCGCUUUACUGGCCGAAUGCUGUGUGCUGGGAGCCUGUCAGAGCGCCAUCGUGUGGACAGUUGCCAGGGUGACAGUGGGGGUCCUCUGGUUUGCCAGGGGGAGGGAGGCCGUUGGGUUCUAACAGGUGUCAUCUCCUGGGGUCACGGCUGUGGUAAUCCCUCCUUCCCUGGGGUGUACACUCGUGUUAGUAGGUUCCUGAGAUGGAUUGACAAAGUCAUCAACAAACCCUUCAAGAAUUAAUGAUGGAGAAUUACACUUGGUUAUCCAGUGUAAUCGAGUGGCUUCAGGGCUUGUAGCAGAUGGUCUGUAUUGGUAAGGAUGUAGCCUGCUGAUAAAUGCCCCUGUGUUGGGGCUCCUGAACUUCAAUGCUAAGAAACAUUACUUCAAAAAGCAUGCAAUUAACAAUGUAUAGUACUCACAGUGUGACUUGGUGCCAUAUUAAUAUACAGUAAACCAGUGAUCUGCCUACAGCAAGUGGUAAAAGGUUGUUAUAGAUAUGACAAUUUCAAGAAACUGCUAUAUGCUCCUCUUCAUUGUUCAAUACUCACUUAACAGUGCUGUGCUAAACAAUAUAGUCAUACUGCUUCACUUUGCUCUCAACAGCAGUUCCUAUUGUUAAGGCAAGUGGAAAUGUGUAUGUUCUAACCCUAAGACAUAUUAUCAUAUAGAUAUGUAGCAAUUCAAUUCCAGUCUGGUAACUAAGAGCCAGCUGGGUAUUACUCUGAUUAAUAGUGCUCAGCUAAGCCUGCCAUGUGGAAUUGUUUAAAAACCUUGCACUAUGAAGCAUUGGGUUACUUGUGAAUGAAAAUUAAAUGGAGAGCCAGAGCCAGUGAAAGAAAGACAGAAAUGGAGAAAAUAACAAUGCCUUGAAAAGUGUCUAGAAUAGUAUUGGAAUGAAUUUGUUCAAAAAGAUUAUAUUUAUUUAAUAUUCUUAACAUUCCAUGUGUAUGUACCUGAACAUUCACAUUUCAAAUCAUUAUUUAUCUUUUCACUGGUAAUCUAACAUUAAUUACAGUCUAUAAAAUAAGUUUGGUAUCACUAUCAACUACUAAACAGUAAAAAGUGCUUAGUAUUGUAUAGUAGAAGUGUCCUUGGGCCCUGGAUCUCACAAACCCACAAAAGCCUAAAGUUGACUGUUAAUUUGUUUGUGGUCAUUUGAUUGGGGUCAACUGUUACUGUGUAUGGGAAUAUGGGAAUAUGUAUAUUAUCGAGCAAGGCCCUAAAGCUGGGUCCUGCUUCAUCACCUGAUCUGAGGCGAUGUCUUGAGAAAGACCCUGUGUAAAACCUAUAACAUUCAGCUCAUAUUGUGCCUACUUUCAAUAAUGUUGAAUUAAAUUGUCUUUAUUUUGAAAUACUGUUUGCAAUGCAAAGGAAUAACUUUAAUAUACUUCAGUUAUGUGUUGUGUUUUUCAUUCGCAAAUGCAAUUUUCAUUUUUCUUAUCAUAUUAAUUUAUUUGGAAAAACCAUCAAUGUUGACAUUCAAAUAUGGGACUAUACAGAAAUUUAAACAUUGCUCUUAUUGAUUAUGCUCCUGGGAUAUUUAUUAAUAAUUAAAAUAGUAUGUGUUGUAGCCACAGGACUCUUAAAAGCUGCUUAGUCUUUUUUCUAACUUGAGCCUUUGUUAUUUUUUCAGAAACCAUAUAUACACUGUAUCAAUUUCUCUACAAUCCCUUACGGAUAUAUCUUAACCGUACAAAUCAUGCCACACAUUUCUCACAAAAAGUCACAAAGGCCAGCCCCUGGACUACCUUUUGUGAGUUGUGUCCUGUUUAUUAAAAACAUAUUUUGGAGUAAAUCUAUCAUAACUUAUGAUAGAUUUAAAAAUAAUCUAUUCAAUAUUCAUUACAUUUUUCAUUUAUACUGACUGAUCAAGUUAGAUUUCAGAUUUAAAUCUGAAUGUCAAGUGAAGGAACAAGCAAUUCGUCAAAUACAGAUACAUGUUAAGCAUUGAUGCUCAACUAUUUUGCCGAAGGGCAGAAGAAAAAGUCUGAGCAGAAAAUGAAAAUACUCCCAGUACUCCAUAAAAUGAGUAUAUUUCUGUGUCCAGGAGUAUAUUCACGUUCAACCUGUGGAUAAGCCUUACAUUAAGCAGCAGAGGUCAAGAGGUUUUGGAGAGGGACUUAUAUUUGCUGUUCUAAUACAAGUUGACAGAAUAAUGUGUGCAGGCCCAAACAAAUCAAUGGGCUUGGCAAUAGAUUAAAGGACUCGAAAUGGAAAACAAAGAAUAAUCUAUCCGCUAAAUUUUUUAUAUGUAAAGUGAUCCAUUUGCUAUUAUAUUUUGUUAAGGUAAAGAUCACCAAUAUGUCCAAUUAGAUAAAAUGGAUGAACGGCAACAUUUAAUAAUGUGUAUUUAAUCACAUUAUAUUUAAUCUGAUUGAUUAUUAUUAUUACACAAGCAACAGUUUAUCAAAUUAAAGUCAACUCUUCCAUUCAUGAAAACAACACUUUAAAAGGAUACAAAUUUAAAUGUUGUUUCGUAUGAUUUAAGAACACAAAAUGUAUGUAAUGUUUUCAACGCUAUAAUGAUAAUACCAUAAACAAGAACCCAGUGUAAUCAUUUUUUAUCUUUGCCCUUGGAUCAAAAUAAAAUGGUUCGCAGUUUUAA